CACACACUCAGAGCCUCUCCACACUAACGCUGCACUAUAGAGACACACUCUUCAGAUCCUCAGAGCGAGCGAGAGACAGAGAGAAAGAGAGAGAGGGAAAGAGUGAGAGAGAGAAAAAGAUAGAGAGAGUCUACAGAGAAGAAGACGAGAAGGGAAAGAUAGAAGAUAGCAGAGCAAGGAAGAUACUGAUACUGAUCAGAUAAUACUGAGAGAAAGGACAGAACAGUAAGAGUGGAGGGAAAAGAGAGCGAGAGACAGAGACAAACACAGCAAGAUAGAGAGAGAGAUAGAGAGAGAGGGAGAGAGAGAGAGAAAGAUAGAGGGUAGCAUUGACACAAACAGAAAGAACAUAACAGUAAAGAAGAGGAAAAAAGAACAAGAGACAGUAAAGCAAGAGAGAGUCAGAUGGAGAAAGAUAAAACAUUAAAGAAAGACUAGAUAGAGGGAGAAAGAGAAUAGAUAAGGAUAGACAGAACAGCAGAGAGAAGAGCCGUUAUGUAUGUGUGUAUUUACUGGACGGAGAGUUUAACCAGCAGAUCCAUCCCCUAUUCGGACUCCACCGGUUCCACUCUCAGGACACUCUGACCAGCGCAGUAAAGGUUGGACACUGAACAUUGCAGCCACCCUGGAUGUUAGUUCAUCAAUGUCAUCGAGGUGCCGGGGGCCGCUUCAUCACGGAUCUGGUUUUUCGUCGGCGGCCGGCGUUCCCGGUCACUUAGCAUUCCGAGGCGGAUUCUCCAGCUGAAGGUCCUACGCCCAAGCUUUUCCAAUGCUCAUGGGGAACUGCUUGCUGCUGUUCCUCUGGUGUCUCUUGGACAAAAGCUUUGUCUCUCCUAUGCACUCGUCAGCUCAAAGCAGGUCGGGAAAAGAGCACCAUCGGUGUCUGAGGUCGGAACAGCGGCGACAUGGCGUGUCUGGGCUUCACCGAGUCAAGAGGGGCUGGGUCUGGAACCAGUUCUUUGUGCUGGAGGAAUACAUGGGCACGGAUCCGCAAUACAUCGGCAAGCUGCACAGUGACCUGGAUAAGGGAAAUAAUUUGGUGAAGUACACGCUGUCGGGAGAAGGAGUGGGCUCCAUUUUCACCGUGGAGCCGAUCACGGGAGACAUUCACGCCUUGCGGAGCCUGGACCGCGAGGAGAAGCCUUAUUACACACUGCGGGCCCAGGCGGUGGACGUGCUAACGGGGAGGCCGCUGGAGCCCGAGUCCGAGUUUAUUAUCAAAGUCCAGGACAUCAACGACAACGAGCCAAAGUUCCUGGAGGGGCCGUACUCGGCCAGCGUUCCCGAGAUGUCACCCGUAGGCACAUAUGUGAUGCAGGUCACAGCCACAGAUGCAGAUGAUCCCACUUACGGAAGCAGCGCCCGGAUCGUGUACAGCAUCCUACAUGGACAGCCGUACUUCUCAGUGGACCCCAAGACUGGGGUGAUAAAGAUCGCCUUACCCAACAUGGACCGGGAGGUGAAGGAGACGUACCAGGUGCUGAUCCAGGCCAAGGACAUGGGUGGGCAGCUAGGAGGCCUGGCUGGGACCACUACCGUCAACAUCACCCUGAAUGACGUCAAUGACAACCCACCCAGAUUCGCUAGAAGUAUUUUUCACUUACGGGUUCCGGAAUCGGCGCCGGUCGGCUCCUCGGUGGGAAAGAUUAAAGCACAUGAUCUGGACUUGGGGAAGAAUGCAGAGGUGGAGUACAGCAUUGUUCCCGGAGACAGCAGCUCGAUGUUCGACAUCUACACUGAUGAACAGACUCAGGAGGGAAUCGUACUGCUGAAAAAGCCGCUGGACUAUGAGAACAGAAAGGCCUACAGUUUUAAAGUGGUGGCAUCAAACCCUCACCUGGACCCGCAGUUCCUCCACCUCGGCCCGUAUAAAGACUCGGCCACAGUGAAGAUCAGCGUGCUGGAUGUGGAGGAGCCACCCGUCUUCAGCAGGUCCUCCUACAGCAUGGAGACGUAUGAAGACACGCCCACAGGAAUUGUUAUUGGUGCAGUGACUGCAGAGGACCUGGAUGCAGGGGAUAGUCCAGUCAGGUAUUCCAUUGAGUGGAAGAAGGAUGCUGAAAAUUACUUUGACAUCGACCCUGUCGAGGGCACCAUAACCACCAGCGAAGCCCUGGACCGAGAGGCGGAGGCCAAACACAACGUUACUGUUGUUGCGACUAAAGUUAACAACCCCCUGCUGUACAGUCGAGUUAGUGUCACCAUCAGCGUUCUGGAUGUCAAUGAGUUCCCCCCGGAACUCUCCCACCCUUACGAGGCGUUUGUUUGCGAAGAUGCAAAAGUAGGCCAGGUGGUUGAGAUCCUCAGUGCAACAGACAGAGACAUGCCUCAUGUAGGACACCGGUUCUUCUUCAAAUCUCCAAGAGACGUCAGAAAUAGGAACUUCACCAUCAGAGACUAUGGAAAUAACACGGCGGGGGUGGUGACGAGGAGAGCAGGCUUCCAGCGGAGAGAGAAGAGUGUGUAUCUGGUGCCGGUGGUGGUGGAGGACAGUGGUUAUCCUAUCCAGAGCAGCACGGGGACGCUGAGCGUGAGAGUGUGCGCGUGUGACGGCGAGGGGUCCGUACUGUCCUGCAGCGCCGAGGCUGUUUUCCUGGCCAUGGGCCUCAGCACCGGAGCGCUGGUGGCCAUUCUGCUCUGCAUGCUCAUUCUGCUGGUGAUGGUGGUUCUAUACGUGUCCAUGAAGCGGCACAAGAAGAAGGACACCCUGAUGUCCUCAAAGGAGGACGUGCGGGACAACGUGAUCCACUAUGAUGACGAGGGCGGCGGCGAGGAGGACACUAACGCCUUUGACAUCGGGACACUGCGCAACCCCAAAGCCGGGAUGCGGGAGUCGACGCCACCGCGCCGGGACGUACAGCUGGAGGCUGAGCCUGUCCUCAACCCCGAGGACACAGAAGACAUCCGGGCAUACAUACAGCAGCGUCUGCAGGAGAACCAUGCAAGCAGUACAGCGCCACCGUACGAUUCCCUGGCCACGUACGCCUAUGAGGGCUCGGGCUCGAUGGCUGACUCUUUGAGCUCGAUCGAGUCCUGGGCGCUUGAACCCGAAGAAGACUACCGGUCCAUUCAGGACUGGGGGCCACGGUUUAAGACUCUUGCCGGAAUCUUCAGCCAGAGGGAGUCGUCUCAAGGUGCGGAGAGACGCCCCGAAAAUAGAGGCAGCCAGCCGCCGGCGGAGGGAUCAGAGGAGCGGCCGGACUGAUGUGAUUUUAUUUUUCAGCUGAGCUCUGUGAAAACGCCUGGAACGUUAUUGAUUCCGAGCGGAACGCUCCAAGACUCGCUACAGCAGAUGCAAAGGCAUGUGGUGUGUUUUUCCCCCUACAUGCCUCCCUUUGACCUAUUUCUGUUUUUAACUCAUUUCAGUAUAGUCUUUUUUUUCUUUUUUGUCUUGAAAGUUGCACUGACAGACAAAUCCUUCCAAUUGCAUUUUAAGUUCGGCUUUACGUUUGUACUUGUCAGAACCAUCGGGGAAAAAAAAAUCCCUUUUUGGGGAUUCUAAGACACCGCUUUGAUAUGAAAAAGUGCCUCAAAAACAGUUUUCUCGUUUCUUCUCCCUCAGUUAUAGACUCGUUCCUGGAUGCCGAGGAAAGGCAACAACACGCUGUAGCUCAUUUCAAACUUGUUACAGAAAAAAGAAAGAAUAAAAAUCAACAAAAAUAAUGGACCAAAUGGACGAAAUAAAUAAAUAAAUAAAGUUCAAAGCCCUCCGUCACUCUCUGUAAUUUUCCAGGCAGAUUGCUGAUGUCUCGUUAAAAAGCCGUCCAAAGGGAGCACGGGAGCGCUCCACGCCUGCUGUUCCACCACGUGGGCCGUUUCUACAAAACUUGUGUCUGCAUUGAACCAAGCGUUUUGAGUAAUAAAGUUGUUUGAGAUAAGA